AUGAAGGUUAGUUUUUUUUUUUUGACAGGUUCAAAUUUCUGCCGGGGAACGUUUGAUGGAUGGCUUUGCUGGGCAGAUACUGAAGCCGGAGUCACCGUUCACCAACCAUGUCCAGCAUUCAUUUCUGGAUUUGAUCCAACCAGAACUGCUUAUAAGAUUUGCAAUAAAAAUGCUACAUGGUUCAAGCACCCAAUAUCCGGUGCAGUCUGGUCCAACUACACAACUUGUAUUAACCAUGAAGACUACAAUGUAAGUAUACAACUAUACAUACACUUUUGA